UUGCGUAUUGAUUUAAGGGUGGGGUUCUUCUUCAAUAACAGUAGAAGAAGAAGAGAAGAGUCACACCCAAGAAAGAAAAUGGAUCCUACUGAGCAAAUUUCUGAAGAAUGGAGUUCUCUCAGUGGUUUUUGCACAGCUGAGGAAGCCGACUUCAUGAGCCAGUUGCUUGACAACUGCUCACUCCCUGAAAAUCUGUGUGGAAAUUUCCACUUGGGAAUUCCAUCUGCGACAUGGCCUGGCCAUGAAUCAACAAUACUGACCGUGACAAGCAUCAAUGACAGUCCAUAUUUUCCUACAACCGCUGAUAAUAGUAAUAGUAAUUAUUUAUGUUUUUCACAAGGAAGUUGCUCCACUUCUGAUAGUAGCAAUAUAUUUCCUGCUACAAGUGGCAAUAAACACUGCUUGAACGACCCAGUAGCCAACAUUGGCUACGUGUCCAUGGGUUUUGCCAAGUUCAGCCCAUAUAAUGUACAAGGGAGUGACAGCCAACAGAUGAAUGGAUACACUGAUCAAGAUUUAGGUCCAGAGGUUAUUGCUGACAAGAACUCCCAGGAUCACCAGGAAUGUGAAGUACUAGUUUCUGAAGCAACAACAGAGGAUAUAACCACCAAUCUGGAGAAGUCGGGAAAAAGAUCUAGGGGCUCAAUGCAGGUACGAAAGAGCAAGAAAAAUGCUAAAUCCGUGAAGAAACCAAAAUCUGAUUCUAUAAGUAACUCUGAAGAGGGUAGAAGUCCUGAUCUUCAUGGUUGCUGCUCAGAUGAUGAUGACUCUAAUGCUUCUCAAGAGCUGAAUGAAGGAGGAUCUCCAAAUCUGAGCCUGGAGGAUUCUACAUCCCUUAAGUUGAAGGGGAAAAAAUCAACAGCUAGUAGAGGUUCUGCUACUGAUCCACAAAGUGUAUAUGCAAGGAGAAGAAGAGAAAGAAUAAAUGAAAGAUUGAAAAUCCUACAAAACCUUGUCCCGAACGGAACCAAGGUGGAUAUCAGCACCAUGCUUGAGGAAGCCGUUCAAUAUGUGAAGUUUUUACAGCUCCAAAUUAAGCUUCUGAGCUCUGAUGAUCUUUGGAUGUACGCUCCUAUUGCUUACAAUGGAAUGAACAUUGGACUAGACCUCAAUAUUACCCCAACCAAACAGCCAUAAGUAUCUUGCAUAGCAAUUAAAAGGUGAUGCAGCAGCAAUUUGGUAGCUGCCUUUUGUGACGUUUCUAUUAUGUUCAUAAGUAUGUAUUAACUGCCAUUUGAUCAUAAGGAGGUUUGAGAUUUUUUUAUUCAUGAAGCAAGAGAUUGAUUAAUCAAGCGAACCUUGUGUAUUUUCUAACCAUGAGAAAUCAUUUUCGGUUGAUUUCCUGGUUGUUUAUUACUCAUACUUUUAACUAUGUUCGGUUUCACCUUAUAUAUAUACGGUGACUCUUGCUACUUACAAUAUUGAAUGAGAUUGAGUU